AGUUGCCCUGUGACCUUCGUCGAGUGAGGUGGCACUCUUCAGCGCUGCAGUCAACAUGCAAAUCGUCGUCGCAGCCUUCCUGUUGGCGGCGCUGUCUGCCGGGGACGCUCUCAAGGGCCGCGACACGCCCCAGCAGGAGUCCCCAGCAGGAGACGAGCAGGUGGCUGUCCGUCUCCCCCAGGGCACCAUCCUCACCAGGAGGCUCGAGGCAAGGGAUGGCAGCCCUUACUAUCCUCUGAUGGGGGUUCCUUACGCCAAGGCUCCUGUGGGGAGACUGAGGUUCAAGGAUCCUGUGCGAGCGGAGUCCUGGACAGAGCCAAGGAAAGGGACAGUGCCUCCGCCAAGGUGUCCACAGGUCAACUUAGAGGCGUUAUAUGAAGGUCGAACUCAGAUUGAUGGAGAAGAAGACUGUCUCUAUCUCAAUGUCUUUACGCCACAGCUCGACAGUGACGCCCUCCUCCCGGUGAUCGUGGCCUUCCACAGCGGCGCCUUCGAACUCGGAGGCACCGACGAGCACCAACCUCUCCCUCUGGUGACCAAGGGCAUUGUGUUGGUGAGCGUGGCUUACCGUCUGGACGCUUUGGGAUUCCUCUCCAGUGAAGAUGCUGCAUUGCCCGGGAACCUAGGAUUAAAGGACCAAGUGAUGGGACUCCGAUGGGUACAGGACAACAUCAGGAACCUUGGCGGAGACCCGGACAAGGUCACCAUUCUGGGGGUCAGCGCUGGGGCCGCCUCCGUCCACUAUCAUAUGCUUUCGCCCAUGUCCUCAGGUCUGUUCCACCGCGCGGUCCUUCAGAGCGGCUCGUCCUUGUGUCCGUGGGCGUUCAGAGAAGACCACCGCCGCGUCUUUCUCGCCUACGCCCAUUCCCUCGGCUGCAUCUCGAAGUCGAAGUCAGGGUCUCAGAGCCGCGCGGAGCCUUCGGACACCGAGAGCGAAGCCGUGGUCGAGUGCCUUCGUCAGGUUCCCUUGGAUCAGCUGUUGCCUCUGUUGCCGCAGUUCCAGGUGUGGCAUGGAGGACCUCGCCUCAUGACCCCACGUGUCGACGGCGAGUUCCUGCAGGACCACCCCGCCACACUCCUCAGGGAAGGUCGUUUUAACAAGGUCAGCCUCAUCUCCGGCGUGACCACAGGCGAGGCCGGGCUGUACACUAAAGGGAUCUGGCUCGACAAGGAAGCUCUGGCAGCCCUGAAGACCAACUUCGACGUGGCCGGCCCUGUCCCCGUAGGUUUCCACGUGUGGGAGGAAGACCCCGCCUACCUCGCCCGCCGCGCCUUCUACAGGUACAUGGACAGCACUGAGCUCAACGACAACACGCUGGAAGACUUCCAGAGGCUGCUGACAGACAGACACCAUUCGCAAUGCCACGAGGACACGGCAUUCUUCCACGCGAAAUCAGGAUCCAAGGUUUUCCUCUACCAACUGCAGCACCGCGGCCAGUUCAGCUUCAGUGAUGUAUUCAACAUAUCAAUUGGACCUGGCUGGGUUGGUCACAUGGAUGACAUUCAGUACCUUUUCUACAACACGACCGACUUCCAGCCUCUGCAACGCGACGCAGAUGUGUUCGUCAGUAGAAUCAUGGCGACUCUGUGGGCCAACUUCGCCAAAACAGGGCACCCAACACCCGACCAGUCUCUAGGCUUCAGAUGGUCACCAGCCUCAGAGUCCGACCUUCGACACUUGGCCAUCAACACGACCCCCAAGAUGAUUAAGAGUCCCUUCAUUCUGAAGCGAGAGUUCUGGAAGAACCUACCCAUCAAGAACAACAAGCUCCUCUACCCUGAGCUCUUCCAGGCUUGCUCGGAACGCUCUCCCAGCCAGUGGCUCUGGACCACCGCCCCAGGCUGUGAAGCACCUAGGGACUGAGUAUCAAGCAAAUAUGCAAGUCAAAGCUUAAUAGAUUGGUUGAUUAUUUCCCUGCCAUGCUGAAAUGACUAUCCUCUCUCCCCAGAACUACACAAAGACAGGUCCAGACUGUAUCCAACUCCGGAACUAUCGGCUUCAGUGUAACCAAAAGAUCCACCACCAUUUAGGGUGAAAUAUAUGAUAGAUUUUUUUUCUCCAGUUUCAUCACACUCAACUUUGGAUGUGUUCAAAGGAUUUAAAUAGAACUGAUAAUGAAAAAUAUUUAUUUAUGGACCUAAAUGACAGUAAUCCAUUAUUUUCAUAUACACAUGAAAAACAUAAGUACACCAAAAAUACACACUGCUCCCUGAACCAUUAUACGUUAUGGAUUUGUAUUUUGCUUGAGUAAAAGAUCAUGAAUAAAAUCAAUAUAACAUA